GAAAGAAAGAAACACGUACCUUCUUAUCCAAAGAUGGGGAACACCAUAGGAAGGAGUAAAAAAGCCAAGGUUAUGAAGAUAGACGGGGAGACUUUCAAGCUUAAGACUCCGGCCAAAGCAAACGACGUCGUCAAGGACUAUCCCGGUCACGUUCUCCUCGAUUCCCAAGCGGUUAAACAUUUCGGGCUUCGGGCCAAGCCACUCGAACCUCAUCAUGAGCUCAAGCCCAAAAAAAUCUACUUCCUCGUUCAGUUACCGAUUAUUCAGCCCGAAGAAGAAAAAACGGCACUGCCCAGGAGGGUGCGAUCCAGUGGUAUCAGUGGCAUGAACGCAAAGGCUAGGCUCGAGUUGUUAAUGCUCUCGAAACGCUCCGUUUCGGACCUAUCCCUCGUGAACCCGCCUUCGAAUAUGGGUAUGGGUAUGGGUAUGGGCAUGGGCAUGGGCAUGGGCAUGGAUGGGCGCAUGAGGGUCAAGAUGAGGAUCCCAAAGGCCCAGUUGGAAAAAUUGAUGGAGGAGAGCAACGACGAAUCUGAGGUGGCGGAGAAGAUUAUAAGUUUGUAUGUUGGAACUAAUACCGGCGAGUCUGGCGGUUCUGCGGCGGUGGACGGUGGCGUGAGGGUGAACCACAAGCCACGCGGGAAACGAGUGAGUUUUAGCCCAGUGGAAAGUGGAGAAAUUCUAGAAGCAGCUCCUCAUCAAUAGUUACGACUCAAAUGACAAAUAAGCCCUCAGCCCCUGACCAAAAACCGAGGCAGAAGGCUAGCCAAAGCAUUAGCACCACCACCGUUCUGUCCUGGUGCCUCUGAAGCAUGUUAAUUUUGCUCUCAAAUCUGUAGCCUAUUUCAUUAUUGAGAGCAUGUAAAGAGAUUUGAGAGCAUACAUUUAUAGUACUGACAAUUAGAAGUUUCGAGCAUUGCUUCGAAUUUGUGCCUUAUUGCUUGAUCUAUAGCAGACCCCAAAGUGCCUGUAUAGGUUAAGGAAUAAGGAUCCAAGAGGUUUAAAGCAAUGUUUACUGCAAAAGAAACAAUUGAAUGAUUAAAUAUCCGGUUCUAAGAGUAGAGUUGGAGCGCAAGUUUAGAUAGGGAAAUUUAUUUAAUUUCGGUGUAUUAUUGAGUUUGCUAAU